UUUUCUCCCUUGAUGCAAAGCGAGAGAAAGCAGCGAAAAGCGUCUCCUCCUCUUGUAUUUAAUUCCUUCUUAGCCCCAAUUUUCCAUUUUUCCUCCUCAAUUAGGUUUUUCUCGCUCUCUCGCCGAGGGUGCGUAACCGUGCUCUUUAUUUCAAGAACAACGCGAUGGCUUCCAAAAGAAUCCAGAAAGAAUUGAAGGACUUGCAAAAGGACCCCCCUGCCUCCUGCAGUGCUGGUCCUGUUGGUGAGGAUAUGUUCCACUGGCAAGCUACCAUCAUGGGUCCUUCAGACAGCCCAUUCGCCGGAGGGGUGUUUCUCGUGACGAUCCACUUCCCACCUGAUUAUCCAUUCAAACCACCGAAGGUUUCCUUCAAAACUAAGGUUUACCAUCCGAAUAUCAACAGCAAUGGUAGUAUUUGUCUUGAUAUCCUCAAAGAGCAGUGGAGCCCUGCCCUUACAAUAUCAAAGGUGCUGCUCUCUAUCUGUUCAUUGUUGACUGAUCCAAAUCCGGAUGACCCUCUUGUGCCGGAGAUUGCACACAUGUACAAGACUGAUAGAGCCAAGUACGAGAACACUGCUCGAUCAUGGACUCAGAAGUAUGCUAUGGGUUAAACUUACAGUAAUAUGUCAAAUUGCAAUCAAACUUUGUUGCGUUAUAUUUCAUUUCUGCUAGGGUUAAUAAAGUCUUAAACAGAAGAACAUGUGCUGAAAUCUUGAAACUCCUGUAAGUUCCUUAUAUCUCAUGUUAUUGGAAUGGUGGAACAGGCAAACUCUGUUUGGACGAGAAUUGUUCGUUUUGAUUUUCGUUUUAUUAGAAUUUGUAUGCUUUUUUCGUAGGUAAAA